GCUGCAAGACGGGGAGAACUAGUACGAAGUCACAGAGCUGACCGAGUCGAGAAGGCGCCGUCCGUCGCACGCCGUUUUCGAAACUGGAGCGAAACUAUUCUUUGGAACAUGCGGCAGCAGAGGUGUCGGUGGUAUACGUGUCCUCGCCAACAUGCACUUGGCCAUGAACAUCCACUCGUACUAAUACCUGACCAUCCGAUUUAG